AUUGGGUACUGUGAAGAGAAUACUGAGAUGAUCCUUGUUUAUGACCACAUGGCCUACGGAACAUUGCGUGAACAUCUAUACAAAACCCAAAAGCCCCCUCUGCCAUGGAAGCAAAGACUUGAGAUAUGCAUUGGGGCUGCUCGUGGUUUGCACUAUCUCCACACUGGUGCAAAGUACACUAUCAUCCACCGUGAUGUCAAGACAACAAACAUUCUUUUGGAUGAGAAGUGGGUUGCUAAGGUCUCUGAUUUUGGGUUGUCAAAAACAGGCCCUACUUUGGAUCACACUCAUGUCAGCACUGUUGUCAAAGGUAGUUUUGGCUAUCUGGAUCCAGAGUACUUCAGGAGGCAGCAACUAACUGAAAAAUCGGAUGUUUACUCUUUUGGAGUUGUGCUUUUUGAGAUACUUUGUGCUCGACCAGCCUUGAACCCAACGCUGCCCAAGGAACAGGUGAGCCUGGCAGAAUGGGCUGCUCAUUGCCAUAAGAAAGGCAUUCUUGAUCAGAUUCUUGAUCCCUAUCUGAAGGGGAAGAUUGCACCAGAAUGCUUCAAAAAGUUUGCCGAGACUGCAAUGAAGUGCGUCUCUGAUCAAAGCAUUGACAGGCCAUCAAUGGGUGACGUGCUCUGGAACCUAGAGUUUGCCUUGCAGCUACAAGAGAGUGCAGAGGACGGUGCCAAGGGUAUUGUCGGAGCAGACGAGGAGGUGCCGUUCAAAGCUGCCUAUAAAGGGAAGAAAGAUCCUGAUGCAUCCCUUGGUUAUGAUGGUAAUGUAAUAGAUUCAAGGAGCAGUGGAAUCAGUAUGAGCAUAGGCGGUCGGAGCCUCGCCAGUGAAGACUCUGAUGGCUUAACUCCAAGUGCUGUUUUCUCACAGAUCAUGAACCCGAAGGGAAGAUGAGAUCAUAAACAGGACUGGAUUUGUUAUCAAGUUUUCGGAAACCCAGUAAGGCAGUUUGCAAUCUGCUGCCAAUCAUCAGAGGACUUGAAUUUGGCUUUUUUCUUUAAUUUUUUUCUUAUCAAAUUCAUUUAGUUACCUGUUCACCUGGUUCUGAUAUGUUUUGAUCAAAUCAAUUACUAUAAUUUGUAUCUACAAUUCACCUGAAGCGUGUGGUGUAACUUUUAUUUGUAUCUCUACAAUCUAUCUUCCUUCUUGCU